AUGGAGUCGUAUUCAAUUUCUAAUGUUAACUGUUGGUUGACAUCCUGGCCGUUCGGCCAGUCCUUGACCGUGAUCAUUUUGACCGUUUGCGGAAUAUUCCUGACACCUUUCAUUUUAAAGAACUCCGAAAAAGACUUGAACAGGCUUUCAGACGAAGAAUCAUUCAUUCAGAAUAAUUCCAAAAAUGUUAAUGUACGAAAUAAAUCGUAUCGAAUCAUCCAUGUCCCUCACGAACUUGGAUCAAGCGUUCCUAUGAUGGUGUUCAUUCACGGGAACGGUGGACAGGCGGCACAAUGGGAACAUCAAUUAGAAUACUUUUCCUCCGCUGCCAACGUAUUGGCCAUUGAUUUGCUUGGUUGCGGAAAAAGCGAAGUGUCAAACAGACCUGAUGAUUAUAAAACCGAGUCUCUGCUGGACGACCUCGAGGAAUUAUUGAAACUAUUUCCAAGCGAAAACAAAGUCUUGAUUUGCCAUUCGUAUGGUUGUUGCCUGGGCACGUUUUUGUAUCAACGAAUCAAGAAUGACGUUAAAGCCAUGACCCUUAUUUCGGUAAAAGCAAAAAUAACUGAUACGGAAACAAAAAAACUCGGAAUCAUUAAAUUCUUUCCCGAUGCUUUUUUUGAUCUAUUCCGCGCCUUCGAUCGUCGCAAGGGAAUAUACUCCCCUAGCGUUAGUCGCGUAUUACAUAAUGAGGCGAACCCUCUGUUGAGGACCAAGCAGCUUAGGUUGAAUAAGCAAUCAAAGACGUUCGUCUGGAAGAACAUGAUUCUAAGAUCGAAAUGGAUUGUGGAAGAAGAUAUCGCCAAGAUCGAAUGUCCAAUAUUACUAUUGUCAGGGCAAGAUGAUAAAAUCAGCUCCAAGAAUGAUAUGUUGACGGUUCAUGAGUGGUGUAGAUCUAAAGACACUCCUGUACCCGUAGUGAUCCCUCGGGCGGGACACAACUCAAUCAUGGAGAAUCCUGAACUGGUUAAUCGAACAAUAAACAAUUUCCUUAUUAAGGAUUGCGGUCUGAAGACUAUGGACCCGGCCUGGCAGAUUUUGAGUAAAACAAAAGGAGAAAAUAAAUGGUCCAUGAAGAACUAUCAAAAGGUGUGCCAGCGAGAAAAUCAAAUUCAUGUUGUCAGAUGUGUUGACCAUGAGGCUCCUAGUGUACCUCGAAACACGCAAUGGAAACGUGCACCUAUAAUAUCUGAUCGUAAUGUCGAUCAUACCAAGUUCAGGCCUAUGAAGGUCAUGAGACAAAACGAUGAUGAACAUUGUCCUGCAAUACUCAUUGAUCAACAUCCCGAAAUUGGAUUCGUUAUCGACAUAACCAAAGAUCCUCCACCUUAUUGCACGAACGACUUCGAAAAUUCACACAUCACUUACUUUAAACUUAGCACUAUCAGUAAGGUGCCUCCUUCACGCGACGAAACGCGACGGUUCAUACAGGUGGCGAAAGAAGCAUGGAGCAAAAAACCAGACAAACAAAUAGCCGUGCACUGUCAUUAUGGCUUCAACCGCACCGGAUUCAUGAUCUGUUGUUAUAUGAUUGAGGAACUAGGUGUGUCUGUGACCGAUGCCAUCAAAUACUUUGAGGAGGCAAGACAACCUAAAGGAAUCAAGCAUCGACAUUUCAAGGAAGAAUUGUAUUUGCGCUAUGAACCGCCACCUCGUCUGGAUUCGUCCCAUGAAACCCAUUCUGAAAAUUCCUCCGGUUCUGACU